CACGUGGAUCGUAACGGAGGGAUCUGAUAGAAAGUAAAUGGUUUCGGUGUCAGUUUCGAAAAAGUAAUACUUUCGUGUAGUUAUAAAAAAGUCUCGUGUAUCGAGUGUGUAUAUUUUUUGUGCAUCGCGUACCAUCAUUUGUUGUUUACGCCCGUUGUUCCGUUUUGAAUUUGUCCAACGCCUAUCGUCGAAGCAUGGACAUUAACAUACUUUGUUAAUUUGGAUUGCAAAUCUCGGAUUGUGUCAAACAGACCGUACGGAAGUUCAACGGGGAUACAGGUAGACGGUGCGAACGAAGGGGUUUAUGGCAUCGUUCAGAAGUCGAAGAUAAAAAAAAAAAUGUUCAAUACAUUUUCCAACGGUAUGCUGAAAAUUCUCGUCAUUAAAGUGUUAUAGAGGGAAGCAGGAAGGGUUGUUUCUGUCUACAAACGUUGAUUUACCUAUGAUGACCAAAAGGACAGUACCUUUCCAACGAAUUCAUUGAAUCCCUUAAACUGAACAAAGAAGUUUUACAGCCCUAUCGGCUAUCUUAAAGACACUGUUCGAGAAAGAGAGAAACGGACGAAGAAAGACGCGUCUCCGUUAAAAAGAGACGCGAUUGCGACCAGCCAGCGAACCGGUGUGGAUAAAGACCGGCAGAAGAAGAAGAAGAAGAAGAAGAAGAAGAAGAAGAAGAGGAAGAUAGGAGUGGGUAAAAGAGCGGGGAAGUCCCGCGCUUCAGCACACGUACGAUGCUCCGUUACGCGCAUGCGCCGUAAGCUGUUACCAUCUCCAACCGGGGUCUGAUCGGUCCCCUGGUGCUCGCUAAAGCGACCAAAUAAUAAUCUGGAUGGGCAGUAGCGUGCAAACGAUCCAUGGUAGGGGAAGAGGGGCCAGUCUGGAUCGAUGGUGGGGGUAGGUGGAUGGAAUGGUGGGGUGGUCGAAGCUCGGCUCUCCGGGGCCCCGUCUGGCGAACGGGCAACGGAGUCUCAGUCGUUCACCAGAGGUCGGUCGUUCGUGUACGUUUGUUCGAUCUACGGCCUCUGUCCAGGAUAACUGUAAAUCUGUAAGAAAGAAAGAGAAAGAUCCACGGUGUUUGGAGGAAAGAAAGAAAGAAGGAGGGAGACCUUGGGACUGACCGAGGACAGAAGAGAGGCUAAUCGAUCCCUGGACAUCGCGAAUGCCGUGCUUCAUCGAUUAUAGUGACCGUUGGGAAGAGUGAUCCGUUGACUGGCUAAAUAAUCAAUCGGAUUUUUUUCCAUUGCCGUUGGAUUUUUUUCAGCUGGAGAAUUCGUACUCGUUGCUGAUAUUGUGACAUAGACGAACAAUUCUGGAUUGUAUCUAGUCGUCGAGAGUGACUCGCGGGACACUUGGUUAGAGAUAUAUCCCGGAAAAGACAGAACGAAGUGAUUUAUUGGUGCGCGGUUGAUGGUUUCAAGGAACACGGCUCCGCUCGGCCGUGGUUAUGGUGGCGUGAAACUAUAAAGGGUGAAGUGACAGGUUUAGCCGAGAGCACCAACGUCGUACGUCAGGAUGCCGAAGAUAUUCCUGAUCAAGAACCGGCUGCAUCAGCAGCAACUGAGGCUGCUCGAAGCACAGCACCUUGGCAAGAGCCCGCCACCAGGUAGCGGCAAGGACAGUCCCAUUGGCAGCUCUGAGCCCCUCAGUCUUAUCGUCAACAAACACCAAUAUCGCGAUAAAACGGACGACGAUCGUGCGACGACCCCGGAAUCCUUACGCAGCACUAGUCCAGCUUCUUCACCGCCACCGCAAUGGCAGUCGACCAGCACGCCGACCAGCACACCGCCUAGACGCUUCAUCUCGAGUAUCUUGGGCGGAGAUGUCCCGUACGGAAGCAGAGGUCACGUUUUGACCCGGGCUGAACGCAAAGAGUAUAGCAGCCCACCGAUCGCACCAUCCUCCAGCGAUGCUUCUCAAUUUCUCACGAAAUCAGAGAAGCUGGUGCUGCCAAGACCCAGCACCCCUCCAAAGACACCGAGAGUCGAACCACCUACCAGGGUCUCCGUCAUCCAAAGGGUUCCCUCUCAGAAUCAAUCAGCUUCUAGGAGAGAGGACAAAGUUGAGAUGCCACAGACCCAAGAACCAGAACAGGAACAGCCUAUCGAUUACGCCGUGCCGAAGAGAAAGGAAGAGGACGAGGAACGAGGCCGCGAAGGCGCAAAAGUGUCGCGUGCGAUCGGUAAUUCGAUCGCUAGGCCUUUGUUAGCCAUGCGACUGUCCGGUCCUCAGGUCGUCCACGCAGCGGCCGGCCACGGAAGAUCCUCCAGUUCCGGUAAUAACGGUAGUUCCGGUUCGAGCGGCGGAUCCAACAACUCUGGCAGUUCGUCCUCGUCGAGUUCGGGCGGAAGUGGCAAUUAUUGUAGCGGUGGCGCGGUGACCGGUGGCAGCGGAGGAGGCGGCGCGGUCGGUGGUGGCGCCGGGGGCGGUGGAAUGAAUCCCGGAGGGAACGGUGGUCGUGGAAACUACGGACCCAGUUCGCCGCCCACCGGAUCUCUUCCACCCUUCUACGAGUCCCUCAAAGGCGGCAACAACCUGGCGAAUUUCGCUAAUCAGUACAACAGCACUCAAGGAAAUGGAUACUUGACGCCAUCGCCGACGGUGGGAAUGGAGUGCGACACGGGCCAACAGGAUGUCAAUUCCCAGCAUUCUCAAUACAACGCCCAAGAAGGAAAACAAUACUCUCUUUUGCAAAAUGUCUGCGCGUCCUAUGGUUUGACGUUGAAAGAAGAAGAGGAUCUGUCGCCGUAUAAGAUCCAAGCGAACGACCUCCUAUCCGGACAGUACAGCACCUACGACAUGACGGAUACCGGGAUGAUGGUGGACAUGGUGACUGGUGCCGUGGUGGAUCCUCUUCAAUUCACUGCCACUUUAACCUUCAGUUCACCGUCGGAUCACACGGCCCUUUUGGAAAGUUUGGGCGACGCUGCUGACCUAUUUCUACCAAGGCUACCCGCCGAAGAUGGUAGCAACGAUCUUCUCGAGGAGUCGUUGCAUUCCCCUGCUUCGGCUGGAAGCGGUAUCGGUCAGGAUGCCGGUCAGAUGACCACUCCCGUCGAGCCUAGCGUCGAUCCUUUCCCGGAGCACAGCAUGGCCUUGACCAGAGGUUUCGAUACGUCUAGGCACUACACGGCGGCUCCUCAACAUUUCAGCACCUCUAAAUUAGGCUUGGCAUACACGACGGGCGAGUCGAGUUAUCAGUCGGUCUCGAAAGAACGUCCAGAACUGGCGCUUCACAUCAAUCAGAGUCAUCAGAAUCAGUCGGAGCCACAGUUGCAGCAGUUGCAGAUACAGGUUCAAUUACAGCAUCAGCAACAACAGCAACAGACUGCUGCCUCGCCUCACCAACAACAUCAAGGACUCCUGAGCCCAGGAUUAAGCUUCACCGGUAGUGGUCUGGAACUGGAUUCAGGGAGCAGCGUAGGUGGAAGUUUGCCAAGUCCCGGUGCAGCCAGUUGUUCGUUGGAUACCGCGUCGACCAGCACGUCACCUUCGUGCGCCUUGAUGGAACACGCCCCCAGCCCAGCUACCACAGUGUCCACGGCAUCCGUACAGCCGACCGGGCCCGUUGGAGAACCACCACUGACGCAACGGGUCGGUGUACUACAGCAAAGGCUGGGACUGCCUGGUGAUUGCCAGUUGGAGUUCGUUAACGGUGGCCACGGAAUUAAAAAUCCUUUGGCUAUCGAGGGUCAGAGACAGGCAGCUGCUAAUCGCGAGGAAGAGAGGGCAACCCGACCUCCGCCUGGCAAGGACGACGAUCCAAACCGGUUCACGUGUCGCGUGUGUAGCAAGAACUUCAGCCUACAACGAUUACUGAAUCGUCACAUGAAGUGUCACAGCGACGUGAAACGUUACUUAUGCACAUUCUGUGGCAAAGGCUUCAACGACACGUUCGACUUGAAGAGGCACACCAGGACGCACACCGGCGUUCGACCCUACAAGUGCAAUCUUUGUGAGAAGAGCUUUACCCAGAGGUGCUCUCUGGAAAGUCACUGCCUUAAGGUUCAUGGUGUUCAGCAUCAGUACGCGUAUAAGGAACGUCGCACCAAGGUGUACGUGUGCGAGGAAUGUGGUCACACGACGCAGGAGCCGGAGGUUCAUUACCUUCACCUGAAAGAUAAGCACCCGUACAGCCCAGCUCUGUUGAAGUUCUAUGAUAAGCGACACUUCAAGUUCACCAACAGCAAUUUCGCCAACAUGCUGCUCCAGGGUGGCCUGUUGCAACGGGACUCGCGGAAUACGGACAGCUGCGUAAAGUCUGCCUCGAAAAGCCUCGAGGCGCCUCUUCAACGCGCCACGACGUUAUUGCAUUUGGGUCGGGCGUCCAGCUUCUGACGGCCGGGCACCAGAAGAUACCUAGGAAAGGUGGACGGAUCAGAGAAGAGAUGGUUAAGAGGAUGAAGAGAAGGCUGGCUCCGAUUUUGUUUAGCCACCCGAUCGGACACACCAUCCCAUGGAUCCCGGAGUAAACGUCGCGCGAAAAGUACCUGCAGGUGGCGCCACAUUAGCGGUGACACAGGACGGCACCGUAGGCCGAUGACGAUCGGAUUACCGAGAAAUUUCGAAGCUGAAUUCCCAUGGAUUCCAGCAGGAUUUUCAGGAUUCUUGUUCCCCUCCACACGUGAACAUAGAACAAAAGAAACACGCAACUUUGUAUACACAGUAUUGCGCUAUAGUGUACGCGAUAUUUUUGCCGCGUCGAUUUUUACCGAACGUAUGUAGGUAAAUUUUGUAUAAUAUACAUUUAAACGAUAAUUGUAUAGACUAUUUGCUAUAUUUAGGUUUAGGGAACGAAGACAAGUCUAAGUCGCGAAAUUAACAGAAAAAAAUACACCCGAAGACUCGGAUCGAACGUUUCAGGAAUGACGGCCGUCUCUCACUCGAGAUGGGAGAGCGCAAUUCUUUUUUUUUUUCUUUCUUUGGAACGAUUUCUUUUUUUUUUCAAGCGAUGUACGGCAAGUUACGUUGAUUUCCGACUUCUAGGGUGAAACGAUCACGAGGAAGCAUCUAACGCCCGGGGAGACGUUAGGUGCUUCUCGAAAUUGUUACGUCGAAAUAACGAUAUAUCGUGUCUCGAGGUAAUUGUUUCUCUUGUAUCGUAGCGUUCCUCGUUGACUGACGCGUUCGGGGAAACGAAAAGAAUUUUUUUCUUUUUCUUUUUUUUUAAUUAAGUAAUUAAUAAACACCUAUCGAUACGCACCUUGGGAAAUCUGUGAUAUGAUAAGACACGAUUUUACUCACUCCUCCGCGCACAAGAUUUCGCUUAUUGCACCUUGGUUCUUUCAAAUGGGGUUACGCACCAACAUAGUGGAGUGAGAUCACACGACACACAUAUACACAUUCUUUUACACGGCGGUUUUUGUAUUUAAAAAAAUUUGUAAUCUUUUUUUUUUUUUUUAUCACUGGUCAAAUUUUAUUUGGGAAACAGCCGUGAACACAUACACGUACACACAAUGGGGUUUCGUGCAAUUCUACGGUGGUAGGACAUAUGUUUAUUUGGGUGACACGUGGGUGCACGUACAGUAAUAAAAAACCGUGUGCGAAUAAAUUCGCGAUUCAACAUUAUCGUUGAGAAAAUGGUUCGAGUCUUCGUCGUGAGGAGGACUUGGAAUAUCGCGAGUAAAUUAAAUCCCAGUUAGGUAGGUAGAGAUGAUGAUGGCGACCGUGAAACGGGUAUAUAAUGUAUACUUUCCAGGGGCAAAUAGGGUGCUGAAUUAAAGUCUUACAAAUAGUAUUCUCAAUUUAUUGUAGAAUUGCAUGGAUAUUGUAUACAAAAAUAGAAUUUCUUUUUUUUUUUUUUUUUUUUUAUGAAUUUCAGACAGAUUUUACAGAGGAUGUUGAACUAAGUUGGAGGGAAUCUGGAGGUGUUGAGGAUACAUAGUGUUUGAUUUGAUAUUAAAAUCCAAGGAAAUAUAUUUUAGAUGAACGACAUCUCGAUUAAAACGUUAAGCCUCCUAUAAGCUCGCGAUUGAUGUAAAUAGUAUUCACGUACAGGUAGCUGUUAAUUGUAUUUACGAGAUCAUUUAACGAUUUUUCAGUAUACCGAAUAGACGACGUUAUUUAUCCGAUGAAUAUUGGGUAAUUUGUAAAUAGUAAAUGUUAAUAGCGGAUUGCACGAGACGAAACAGAGUCUUAACUUUCAAUAAUUAUUAUAUAUCAGUACCUUUAUACAUAUCGAUAAUGUAUACUAACUUCGCGUAUCUCCCUUGACAAUACUCAAGGACGAUGGUACUUCUCGUCGCAAUCUGUUCAUCGUUACGAAUAUUUUAUUGCUAAUAUUAUUAUAUUAUAUUAUUAUAUAUUAUUAUUAUUAUUAAUAUUAUUAUUUCUAUCAUGAUUAUUUAAUUUACGUCCAGUAUUGUCUGAAACAGUAGCACUUAGAUAUUUUUAUCAUCAUUAUUAAUAUAAAGUUCCAUUUAUACCUGCUAUCAUUUUACAUAAAUAUUCAUCAAUAGUUAUUCAUCUUGACGCAUCAAAAGCGACAAGACUCUUAUCAUCCUCUAGUACUAUUGCAAUAAUUAAUAUUAUAUUAUUUUGAAUAUCGUUAUUGCUGCUCGAUUAAUAGUUUUGGUUAUUGACUUUAUUAUUAAUAUAUAAAUAAAUAUAUAUAUAGAUA